CUGGAUCCCUGGAGCUGUGUGUGUACCUUGGGAGUUUACGGAGGCUGAGCACGGAGUAUCGGGCAUCCGCCAACCACAAAUCCUUGGCAUGGGGCAGAAGAUCCUACAAAAGACAGCCCUGGCAUGGGCCCUGCUGGUUUUAGCCAUAGGCUCCACCACCAGCCCGGAGACAACUGCCACGGCGGGCUCCCCCACCAGCCUGGAGACAACCACCAUGGCGGGCUCCCUCACCAGCCCGGAGACAACCACCACAGCGGGCUCCCCCACCAGCCCGGAGACAACCGCCACGGCGGGCUCCCCCACCAGCCUGGAGACAACCGCCACGGCGGGCUCCCCCACCAGCCUGGAGACAACCGCCAUGGCGGGCUCCCCCACCAGCUCGGAGACAACCGCCACGGCGGGCUCCCCUGCCAGCCCGGAGACAACCACCACGGCGGGCUCCCCCGCCAGCCCGGAGACAACCGCCACGGCGGGCUCCCCUGCCAGCCCGGAGGCAACCACCAUGGCAGGCUCCCCCGCCAGCCCGGAGACAACCGCCACGGCGGGCUCCCCCGCCAGCCCGGAGACAACUGCCACGGCGGGCUCCCCCGCCAGCCUAGAGACAACCGCCAUGGCGGGCUCCCCCGCCAGCCCGGAGACAACCGCCACGGCGGGCUCCCCCACCAGCUCGGAGACAACCACCACGGCGGGCUCCCCUGCCAGCCCGGAGACAACCGCCACGGCGGGCUCCCCCGCCAGCCCGGAGACAACCGCCACGGCGGGCUCCCCUGCCAGCCCGGAGACAACCACCACGGCAGGCUCCCCCGCCAGCCCGGAGACAACCGCCACGGCGGGCUCCAUCACCAGCCCCCAAACAGCCACUGUAAUGGACUCCACUACUAGCAUUGACACAACCCACUCACCAGGCUCCACUGCCAGCUCCAAGAUAAACACAGCCAGCACCAAGACAACCACCACAGUGGGCACUGCCACAGUGGGCUCCACCGCCAGCCCGGAGACAGCUGCCACGGCAGGCUCCACCGCCAGCCCUGCCACGGCAGGCUCCACUGCCAGCACCAAGACCACUGCCACGGCGGGCUCCUCCGCUAGCCUGGAGACAGCCGCCACGGCAGGCUCCACCGCCAGCCCGGAGACAGCUGCCACAGCAGGCUCCACUGCCAGCACCAAGACCGCCGCCACGGUGGGCUCCUCCGCUAGCCCAGAGACUCCACCACCAGGCUCCACCACCAGCACCAAGUCAGCCGCCACGGCGGGCUCCACAGCCAGCCCCGAGAUAGCUGCCACAGUGAGCUCCACCACCAGUGCUUCCAAUGUGACCUCCUCAAUGACCACAAGCACCACAGGGACAACUGUGCCAGUUCAGGAUUUCUAUCUCACGUAUCACAUCACAAACUGGGACUACAGCACCCUCUUGUCGGACCCAAACUCUGACUACUACAAGAAGAUGAACCAAGCUAUUGGGCAGAUGUAUCAGAACAUCUACAACUGUUCUACAUGUCCUCGUCGCGAUAGUUACCAAGGAUACUACAUACUUGAAUUCAGGCAGGGCUCAAUUCAAGUAUCAUCACUGUUGUUUUUCCGGACAGCAGAAAACAGUGACGAGCUUGCAAAGAGUUUGCAGCAAACUUUCGAAAAUGCAGAUGAUGCCAAACGCGAGCAGUUACAGCUGACUAAAAUCCAAGGAAGCCCCACCCCAAUUGCAAUUUCCGAGAAUACCCCUGUCCCAGGCUGGGGCAUUGCUCUGCUCGUGCUGGUCUGCGUCCUUCUGCUGCUAGCCAUCAUUGCCUUCCUCAUUCUGAUUAUCUACCGUUGUCGGCGAAGCCAUCGCGGCCACCUGGAUCUGCUCUCUAGCCGAGACUCCUACCAUCCCAUGGCCGAGUAUCCAACGUACCACACACAUGGGAGAUACGUUGCUCCGGGCAACAAACCAAACCCUUACAGUGAAAUACCACCCACGAACGGCACCAGCCCCUUCUCCUACACCAACCCUGCAAUGGCCAAUGACAACUUUUAGGGGAGGGUGCUGGACUCUGGGGGGGUGGGAGUGGCAGGCUGAACCUGGCUGGGCCAGGCUGAUCCAAAGGAAAGGUGUUGAUGGGAGAAUUGCUGAGCUCUGAUGGGAAAAGACUUGCCUUGGAAGCUUCAAAAUAGCCACUCGCCUAGGGCGAGUAAACAAUUACAUCUAGGUGAGCAAACACCGAAGUUGUUUUCAGUUGGAAGAGAUGAUUUCUUUUUGAGAGAAUUUCUUUUUUGGUGAUGCACAUUAAUAGGUUAAGGACAGCCAAGCUAAUCAAAAGGGAUAAGGCUUUGUUGGCAAGAUUAGCUUCGCUGCUGAAGCAUGGGACGUUACUAGCCAGCGGAAUUCACUGUGAUCAUCUCACCUGGUUUCAAAAGAUUGGAAAAAGGAAUCUGCAACAUGGGACGAUUUAACCAGGAAGAGGCAGAAGAGGGGAAAUCUCCUUGGAGUGACUUUCCUAGCUGCUGAAGUCCGAAUAUUUAUAGCUUGGGACCAUUUCUGCAAACACUGCCACAGAAGCAAACAUGGACUUUCCUUGUGAACACUGAGUACAGGCGCUUUUUUUCUGUUAACUAUGCUUAUUAAUGUUAAACUAUAAAAUGUAAAAUGUACAUAUACUGUUGCUUGAGGAGAUACGCCUGAUUUCGAAUACCGAGUCCCGGGACACCACCAGCAAUCUAGAUAAGAGUGAGCACAACCCUCAAAAUUACAACACUCAAGAUCCUUUCCCCCACGUACCCUCCUCCCAUGCUUGGAGGCAUGCUUUGUGCACGGCCCUGAUCCUCUAGGAGAGCGCCUUGAGGCAGAAAUCCUUCCAGGGCUGAUUCCGCACACGUUGGAUAAUGCACUUUAUCAAUGGUUUGAGGUGGAUUUUUUGUUCCGCACACAAAAAAAUCCAUUUUGAAUGAUCUAUAAAGAGGAUUGGAAGUGCAUUAUCCAACGUGUGCAGAAUCCUUCCUGAGCAUCAGGACUGUAGAGUUACGGAGAUCAGAAAGGGGCCUCCGAGGGCAUCUACCAGAAGAUCAGUGCCAGACUCCCAAAGUCAGAGCAUCCUUGACAGGUGGCUGUCCAGCCACGGCUUCCCAACCUCUAGCAAGGAAGCUCCUACUAGAGAGAAAAAGUUAUGUUGCUUGCCCGCACCCCUGCCCCAUGAAGUUCCAGAAGAGCCCAAGUUGGACGCAUGAAGGAACUGAACGCUUACAAAAUUAAUUUAAUAUGAGGAUGGAUGCCACCUCUCUGCAAACCAGCAGGCCCUGCUUAACCACAAGUCUAAAACUUUGAAGGCAAGUGUUGUCCAUUAAGCAACAUUUUACUGGUGGGUAAACAAUAGGGACUGGAAGUCCCAUUUUGGCCAGGCUCCACCCACACCUCCUUCUGACAGCAACCACUACUGGGGUUCCCAGCCUAAUACUGGUUUGAUCUGCAGCAUAUACUGGGUGAUCAUGCCAGGAAAAGUUUUGCCUGCCCAUUUCCACACGUUAAAGGGACAGGAUGUGUUUUCUCCAGGCCCGCUGGUAACCCUACCUGCCGCGCACCACCUCCUGUUCUCUCUCUUCCUCUUUCUCCUGGGGGAUCUCCAAAGAGAGGGGAGGUUUGCGCAGCUGGGAGCUCUAAUAUUCAUCCACGGGACAUUAUAUUGGGCUAAUGUUUUUGGAGGGGGGGGAUACAGAAAAGGGUGAGGAGAGAGAGGGCUGCUGUCUUAACAAAGGAUGUAUUUAUCUCCAUUCACAAUAAAGAGGAACUGUGUCGAUAUC